AUGUGGGCCCCGGACCUCCAGGCAUGUCUGAGAGAUGAUGCUCUUUGUGCUCCAGUAGCUCUCUGGACAGCUAUGGCUUUGGAGGUCGGCUGCCUCAAGCAAGGAUCCCCGAGGACCGGUCCGCCCAAGAGGAAACGUCGGCGUGUGGCCCAUGGGAUGAAUCGGACAACGGCAGCCCUGCUGGCCAGGACGCGCCUUCACGGGCUGAAAUAUGUUUGCUCUCAAAGUGCCACCAUGCGGCGCCGUGCCUUUUGGCUACUGGCACUCUGCACUUCGCUGGGCUUGCUUCUGUCGUGGUCCUCGAACCGCUUCCUAUACUGGCUCUCCUUCCCCACCUACACCAAGGUGCAUGUGGAAUGGGCCAAGGAGCUACCCUUUCCUGCCGUCACCAUCUGCAACAACAACCCGGUGCGCUUCUCCAAGCUCACCAAAAGCGACGUAUACUUUGCCGGACACUGGCUAGGCCUGCUGCUGGCCAACCGGACUGCACGGCCCUUGGUCUUGGACCUGCUGCAGGAUGAUCGACAGACCUGGUUCCGGAAGCUCUCUGACUUCCGCCUGUUCUUGCCACCCAGAAACUUUGAAGGCACAAAUUUGGAGUUCAUGGACCGACUGGGGCACCAACUAGAGGACAUGCUGCUCUCGUGCAAGUACCGUGGGGAGACAUGUGGACCACAGAACUUCUCCUCUGUUUUCACCAGGUACGGGAAGUGCUACGUGUUCAAUGCAGAAGAGGAAGGGAAGCCGCUCCGUACCACGGUGAAGGGGGGAACAGGGAACGGGCUGGAGAUCAUGCUGGACAUACAGCAGGACGAGUACCUUCCUGUGUGGGGGGAGACAGAGGACACAGCAUUUGAAGCAGGGAUUCGAGUGCAAAUCCACAGCCAAGCGGAGCCCCCGUUCGUUCAUGAGCUCGGCUUCGGGGUCUCGCCCGGGUUCCAGACCUUCGUCUCCACGCAGGAACAGAGGCUGACCUACCUGCCCCCGCCGUGGGGCGAGUGCCGGUCCAGAGCCCUGGAGUCGGGCUUCUUCCAGGUGUACAGUGUCACGGCGUGUCGCAUCGACUGCGAGACACGCUACAUAGUGGAGAACUGCAACUGCAGGAUGGUGCACAUGCCAGGUGAUUCACCAUUUUGCACCCCAGAACAAUACAAAGAUUGUGCAGAACCAGCACUGGCAACGCUGUUUGAGAGCGAGAAUCAGAACUGCAUCUGCCGGAAUCCAUGUAACAUGACGCGCUACAACAAGGAGCUUUCCAUGGUCAAGAUCCCCAGCAAGACUUCUUCUCGGUACCUUGAGAAGAAGUUCAACAAAUCAGAAAAAUAUAUAGCCGACAACAUACUAGUCCUGGAUGUAUUUUUCGAAGCCCUGAACUAUGAGACCAUUGAACAGAAGAAAGCGUAUGAAGUGGCCGGUUUGCUGGGCGACAUCGGGGGCCAAAUGGGGCUGUUUGUCGGAGCGAGCAUACUAACAAUCCUGGAACUUUUCGACUACGCUUAUGAGGUGAUGAAGGACCGAUUGUUGGACUGCUGGAGCCGAGACGAUGAGGAGGGGAGGCAUGAAGAAGACGUGGGUGCCUGCGAUCCAGUCGCGAACCACUCGGAAUCGGCGAGCCACACGCUCAGUGUGCCUCUGCAGACCACGCUGGGGACCCUGGAGGAGAUCCCCUGCUAGUGCCUAAUGCCCUCCCACCCCCUGCGGCCCUCCCUGCUGGAUCAAAGGCUACGGAGGGCGAUGCCUGGGACCUGCUGGGACACUGAGACACUGUCCUUUUCUGACUGAUGCCAUUAGUCUCCUCUGCAUACAACAAAUGUUCAAAAUCCAAACCAAGAGAUUCACCGGUGGACACCGGUGUUAAACAUACA